UAUAAAUUCUUAAAUGGUGCCUUCGCUCUCUCCGUUCCUUCUUCUUGUGUCUUACUUCCUCUCUCACUGCACUCUCUAGAGAGAGAGUUCGGCUCAGAUCAGCCAUGGCUUCUUCCUCCGACGACCGUGACAACUUAUUCUUCAUCGCCAAGUUAUCCGAACAAACCGAGCGAUAUGAUGAAGUGGUAGAUACCAUGAAAAAAGUGGCCAAGCUGGACGUUGAGUUGAGUGUGGAAGAGAGAAACUUAUUCUCUGUUGGGUACAAAAAUGUAGUUGGAGCCAGGAGGACGUCAUGGAGGAUCUUGUCAUCAUUAGCGCAGAAUGAGGAAUCAAAGGGGAAUGAGCAGAGUGCAAAGCUUAUCAGGGAUUACAUGUGCAAAGUGGAGUCAGAGAUUUCCAACAUUUGCAGUGACAUUAUGAUACUACUGGAUGAGCAUCUUAUCCCAUCCACUAAUGUUGCAGAAUCAUCUGUGUUCUACUAUAAGAUGAAAGGAGAUUACUAUCGGUAUUUGGCAGAGUUCAGAUCUGGUGAUGAGAAGAAAGAUGCAGCAGAUCAGUCACUCAAGGCAUAUCAGACGGCAGCUAGCUCUGCUGAGGCCGAGUUAUCUGCUACACAUCCCAUUCGGUUGGGUCUGGCUCUAAAUUUCUCGGUGUUUUAUUAUGAGAUAAUGAAUUCGCCUGAAAGGGCUUGCAAUCUUGCAAGGCAAGCUUUUGAUGAUGCGUGUACAGAGCUGGAUGCCCAUGAUGAGGAAUUGUACAAGGAUAGUAGAAUGAUUUUGCAACUGUUGAGAGAGAACUGUGAUUUAUGGACUUCUGAUGUGCAAGAAGGUGAUGGAGGCCAUAAGGUGGAAAGUUAGCGGUGGUGCAGGGCAAGAUUAGGUGGUGAAGAAGCCCUUAUAUGGAUGGUGCAACUUCGUCGACUUUGGUUUUAGUCUUAAUAAAAGCAUUGGAUUGAAAUCCUCUUCAUUUAUUUUUCCCUUUUCUCAUCAUUUUCUUUUCUUUCUGUUUGUUUUCAGCUAUUGUUGGCCACUUUUUUAAUUGUUUCUCGAACAAGUAACACCGGAUUGUUAUGCAUGAUUCUACUUUGACUUACA